AUUUUGUGAAAGGGGUGACACUGUUAGUGUUGUAAGUAACAACCUGAAAAAAAAAAAAAUGGUAACCACUGUUGUAGUUGAAAAGACGCGAAAAGCAGCAUGUGCGUCUCGUAGCCUCAGCGAGAAGAGGAACACGCACUCUAUGUUAGCCGCCGCCACUAUGUAUUUCCACCAAAACAAACCUUGUGUAAGGCGGACACCGGUUCCUGCGUCGUGACAUUCAGGUGCAUAACAGAAGCAAGGAAACGAUGUCUCGUGGUCACCUGGGUACGGUUUUGAUAGGUGGAGGAACCGGCUUCAUUGGGACAGCUCUUACGAACGGUCUGCGUCGCCGUGGCUAUGAUGUAGUGUUGGUGUCCAGAAAGCCUGGGCUCUACAGACUAAGCUGGAGUGACCUCAACAAGAAUGGUCUGCCAGAAUCCACUGUGGCUGUUGUUAGUCUUGCUGGACAGAAUGUACUGGAUCCACUGAGGAGGUGGACUGAAGGCUUCAAGCAAAAUGUUUGGGCAUCACGGGUAAACACAACAAGAUACUUGGCUGCAGCUAUUGAGUCUGCCAAAGUGAAACCCCAGGUCUUUGUGUCAGCCUCAGGUGUUGGAUAUUACCCACCUGGCAAGGAGGAGGUGUUCAAGGAGGACGGCCCAGGGGGUGACUUUGACUUUUUAUCCCGGUUGUGCACCGAGUGGGAAGGAGCAGCCACUCUGCCAGAUGACAUAGAUGUUCGGACAGUCAAAAUCAGAACAGGUGUGGUGUUAGGCCGUCCAGGAGGAAUGAUUCAGCAGCUCAUUGUUCCCUUCUACAUGGGUGUUGGGGGUCCUGUAGGCAGCGGAAACCAACCCAUGCCAUGGAUUCACCUUCAUGAUAUAGUUAGACUUUUUAUAUAUGCAAUUGAACAAGAGAAUGUGACAGGUGUUGUCAAUGGUGUUGCACCACAAAUUAUAACAAACAGAGAUUUUGCAAAAGCUUUUGGGCAGGCUUUGUGGAGGCCUUCUUUUAUACCUCUGCCAACAUUAGCUGUAAACUUGAUGUUUGGGCAGGAGAGAGCCAAGAUCAUGACUGAAGGACAGAAAGUUUGGCCCCAGAAAGCUUUGGACACUGGCUUCACCUUUGCAUAUCCAGAUAUUAAAUCUGCUGCAAAAGAAUUCUCAAGACUCAUAUAUGCAGAUGAUGGAUGUUACUAAACUAGAAAUUUCAAUACCUUGGUUUUGGGGAAUAGUUGUAUGUAAAUAAAUAUAUAAAUUAA